AUGAGUUACACAACCGCUUUACAAAAAGAAGUAGUCCCAACGAAAGAACAAGCAGUCAUCCUCGACUCAGGUGAAGGUAUCCAGCUCCAAAGUUAUGCAAUUGCCAUCGGUACAAAGAUCGGUCCUCAAAAUAUAAGAUAUAUUUCUAGAAUUGCCAACAAUAGAAUUUGUGUGUAUCUUGCAACCAAGGAAAUUGCCGACCAACUUAUUGUGGUUCACAAAUAG